AUGUGCGACUCUCUGUUGGUUGCCCAAACCAGCGGCAUGCCGCUGGUGAACACCGGCGGAAAGAAGCAGGAAGUCACGACUCACAUCACCAGUAGCCGUUUCACCGUGUCGUAUGCCAGCCGCGCUGCCUCCUUGUCUUCGACAGUGCUGGUGGAACCAUCGUACGCCCGGUCUGACAUGGCACUGCAGAAGGCAGUGGUCGAGGUGCAAAAGAAAGCGGAGUUGACGGCCUUUAUUGCCAAGCAUGAGAAGGCCUGCACUAUCUCCGAGGCAGACCGCCGCCUUAGCAUCAUCAUGCUCUUGAACAGCGCAGCGCAGCGCGACAUUGACAAGGGCAUCCAGGCAGGUUACCCGAAGCAGGUAGUGAAUUUCAUGCACCAGACCUGGGUCGCCUUCAUUCAGCAGGCGAAGGACUUCUACAAAGCAGACGCAGACGAGCCUUUCACGAUGGAGCUCAGCCACAACGCCUUGGAGAACACUUCGUCCAUUGGCAUUUGGUUCAUUGGCCCGCAAAUCUCGCUGCCGCUCCGCCGUUACUCGGUGCAGGUAGUCGGUGCUGAUGGCACGCUGCAGGACAUCAUCGCUGUGGGUCUGCUGAGUUUCACGUACUCUACAUACGUGAUGCACCUCCGCUCAAUGUCGCAGCAGCGCGUUCUCGAGGGGCUAACCCGCAUGCAAGAGCAGCUCGGCACUGAUUCACUCUUUCUCCCGCAACUCCUCGUAGCCCCUUCGUAG